AUGUUCCACCAAGGCACCUUACAGAGCGGAAUAACGCUUGCCAUUCAGGAACAGAAGCUCGUCGCCUGCUUUGUACGAGAUGAUGGCGCAACGAGCAACGAGUGGGAAGACGAGUGGCUGAAGAGUGGAUGGCUAUCGAAUCUACUCGUCCAAAAAGCCGUCGUCCUGCGACUCGAGGCAGGUUCCACCGAAGCAGGGUUUCUGGCUGCCUUCUCCGACAUCUCCAGUGUCCCCACCUUCGUCGUCAUCCAAAACGGACAACUACAAGUCCAGCUCAAGAGCGAUGUUACAAAGGAAGAUUUCAUCAAUUCAAUACGACGGGUACUGGGAGCAAAUCCGAUACCAGGCUCCAGCGCAGCACCGACCUCACCACCACAAACAAACACACCAGAACCGAGCGAUAAUCCAACGAAUACGGAAGCCGAAGACGAUCUAUAUGGCCCUUCCGAACCCUCGAUACCCGCUUCUUCCGCACCAGUAGCAGUCCCCACAUUGUCGUCCAAUGCAAAAGGCAAGCAGAGAGCUCCAGACUCGACCCCUACAACCCCAUCCGCAUCCGCAAGCAAAGCCCAACAAGAAGCCCGCGACGCCCUGCGAAAGAAGAAGAGAGAAGAUGCCGAAGAACUAGCGCGAAUAAAAGCGCGAAUAGAAGCCGACAAAGCAGCGCGAAAAAUAGAAGCCUCGUUACGGAAAGCAGAACGAGAGAAGGAAAAGAACAAGUCCACAACACAAAGCUCUGAUACACCACUACAACCGCCAACCACAGCGACGGCAACAAAGUCCUCUCGAGGCUCAAAUUCCCCCACCGUCGCCCUCAACAUCCGCCUCUUUGACGGCCGCACAAUCCGUUCUACGUUCCCCCGCACCGCCACUCUAGCAAACCAAGUCCGUCGCUGGAUCGACACGGAAUUUGGGAAACUAGCUCAAGACGAUGAGAAUAUCAAUAACAAACAACUCCCGCCUUACUUCUUCCGCCACAUCCUCGCUCCAGCCCCAAGUCGCGAACUCUCUGCUGGAGACGAGAGUGUCGAGUUGGGCGAGAUUGACCUAGCGCCUAGUGCAACACUGGUACUGGUUCCGGUCAAAGGGUACACGGAUGCGUAUUCGGGGGGUGGUAGUGGUGGGGUGGGAAUAACGGGGGCUGCAACGGGACUUGUGGGUGGUGCGUUUGGGCUUCUGAGUUCGACCGUUGGGUUGGUGGGGAGUACGAUUGGCUCGGUGAUGGGCUUUGGGGCGCAGCAAGGACAGGGUGGCGGUAGUGGUAGUGGUAAUGGUGAUGGUAACGGGAGGACCAUGGGUAGUAGACCUACUCGGGAACCUACGCAUGAUCCUGUGCUCGAUCAACAACCGCCUUCUGGCACGACAAUGAGGGUGAGGACUCUGGCUGAUCAGCGUGCGAGAGAGCCCCAACAGUUUUAUAAUGGGAAUCAGUUGAGUACGGAGCCAAGGCCGGAGGAUAACGAUAAAAGGGAUUGA